AAGCCGAAUUCUCAUUGGUUUGGGCCAAUGGUGAAUCCGAAAGUUCCAAGGAGAGACGCUUAUUGGACGGUCAUAACCAUGGUAGAAAACCAGAUUUCCGGAUCCUAACAAAAAUUGAUGACACCGACAGGGAACUCAUGUUUGGUGAGAUAAAGCCACCACAUUGCCUUAACACCGUAAAUAAAAGUAUAAUUAAACUAGCAGAAUUCAUGAAAGGGUCUCUAGACCUUAUUAUUAACAUUUACGGUUAUGUGGCUGGUCUAGAAACGUACGGUAUAUUAAUUUGUGGUCUAUACCGUUUUAAUCUAUUAUCGAAAGUAUUGUUCCCAACGGAAAACGCGAAUUUUUUAAACAUAAUUACCGUAGUAUCUACUCUAUAUUCGUUAUUGGGUAAAAUCUACUAUUUGUACUAUAAAUUUAUUCCCAUCAUCAACUCAAUCAUCAAAUCCCCUCACCCAUAUUAUCGAAAGUCAAAUUCUUCACCUAAGAAAAUACGGGUACCGAUAGUCAGGGCUUAAUUAGGUGGUGCAUAAAAAUUCAUAUGUUGGCUUAAAAUAUGGACAAUUAAAUAGUUAUAUUCAUUAAUAUUGAUACACGCUUUCAUAUUAAACAAAAAU